CCCUGAUAUCACAACAGAGAACCAAACUAAUGGAACUUUUCUGAAACUUUUUUCACAAGAUACACUCUUUUCUCUUUUUAUGCAGAGAUUUUUCAAUUACUCACCAACUAAUUAAUUACCAUGAUUAAGUACAAAUUCCUUAGCAUUUUUUUAGGGCCAGCUUUGACAAUAGCAUCUUGUCUGAUCCAAGUCAUCUUUGGUUACAGCUAUAAGAACUGCAUUGAAGUUUCCCAUCACAAUGAAUUCAAGUGCAUCAACCGCUAUGCAAAGUCACUCACUGCCUUUGUGGAGGACUUACCACCUACAGCAACUAUUCUUAACAUAUCUCACAACACACUUUCUAAGAUCCCUCCACACUCUUUUGCUCAUCUCCAAAACCUCACUCAUCUUACUCUGGAUUCUAACAACAUAUCUAACAUAACUGAGAAUGUUUUCAAUAAUCUGAAUAAUUUGAAAAGUCUUAACCUCUCCAGCAACAAUCUGGCCAGACUUCAUCCAUGCACCUUCAAAAACCUCUACGCACUAACUGAAUUGUUGUUAAGUAAUAACAAGCUGCAGAGUCUUCCUCCAAGCAUUUUUAAUGCAUCUACUUGUCUGAAAACUCUAAUAAUCCGAAAGAAUGCCUUGUCUAAUUUCUCAGCAGUGGUUGAGUCUGUGAAAGGGUUGACAAAUCUGACAAAGCUGGAUCUAAGCUACAACAGACUAACAUCUCUUGAGAAUUCUGCAAACCUACCAUCAUCACUUCAGCUUCUGUAUCUAAAUAACAAUAAUCUUAGCCACUUAAGAUGUCAGCCUGAUUUAUUCAGCAGAAUCUGCAGGUUGGAUCUUUCUAAUAAUAAUCUUUCCUCAAUACAUUUCAAAGGCUUAAACUUGAGUAAUAUCAAAUUUCUCCGUCUGCGAUUAACUAAAGUGACUGUGCCAGAACUUCUCAAACUCGCCCCAUCUUUAAAUCCUGCACAUGUUGACUUCUCGGGGCUAAAUCUAGGCCAAAGAAACAACUCACUGAUCAAGACAUUGUGCUGGUUGCUGAGGAACUCAUCUACCGAAUUACAAUCUAUGGUGCUCCAGCAUAACAUUAUUUACUAUUUGCAGGACAGACUUUUCUUUAAUUGUACUAAUCUAAAGGGCUCCUUGGAUCUUUCUUGGAACAUUCUGAGGAGAGUGGGGUGCCUUGAGUUUCUUGAGGGUCAAUAUGGGCUACAGAAGAUUACUGUGGAGCACAAUCUUCUAACAGAACUAAACUCCUGUCAGUCUCUUCCAUUUCAACAUCAUUUCAACUUAACUACAGAGUUGAGCUUUCGUUACAACCGCAUUCUGAAGGUCAACAAAUUUGCAUUUGUGCAUACUCCAUGUUUAAAGAUUCUCAAACUCAACAUCAACACAAUCGCCUUUAUGGAUCAUCAUGCACUGCGUUAUCUUACAAAUCUCACCACACUUCGCCUAGACAAUAACCUACUGACAGAUCUCUACAAUGACAGCUUUAUUGAUUUGCACAGCUUGGAAACACUCAACUUGCGCAAUAACCAAAUCUCUGUGAUUUUCAAGGAAACCUUCCAAUCUCUAAAAAGGCUCAAUAUCCUGGAUCUUGGAGGGAACAAAAUCAGUCAAUUCAGAGAAGGGGCAUUCACUGGACUCGAAAGCCUCAGAAAUAUUUACUUUGACCGCAAUCGUCUCAAAAAAAUAGACAUUUAUAGUUUUGCAAAGCUCUCUGCCACUCUGAGAGUUCUAGACCUGCAGUCCAACAACAUUAGGUAUAUGAAAGAACAGACCACCUCUCCAUUUGCUAAUUUCUCAAAACUAGAAGAUCUGAAACUGGAUGCACAGCAGCCAUAUGGCAUAACGCUUUUGCCUCAUGCUUUCUUCUCUGGCCUGAUAUCUCUAACGUCCCUCUCCCUUACCAACAACCACAUCUCUAGUUUUAGAUCAGACACCUUUGAUGACCUUCCCAAUUUAGAGUAUCUUCAUCUGGACACCUCAUGUGUUGGUGUGAUACCGCUACCGCCAGGAAUCUUCAAAAACUUGCAGAAAUUGAAAAUUUUACAAGCAGAAAACAUGGGUAUCGGUUCCAUUUCAGAGCAUGUGUUUUGGAAUCUAACAUCACUGCAUAGAUUACAAUUGAAUCGCAAUGCCAUGACAACAGUAGAUCCUGUUGUUUUUGAGAAACUUCCCAAUCUGACAUACCUUGAUCUGAGGAAUACCCCACUCAGCUGCACCUGCCACAACAGUGAGCUCCAGAACUGGACCAACACCAAUCAGAGAGUGCAGAUAGUCUACUUGUAUAGCAUGAGAUGCCCUGAUCUGUCUAAUUCAAGUUUUUACAAUUUUGACACCAAGGUGUGUUAUCUGGACAUUGGAGUUUACCUCUUUGCCUCAACAAGUAAUGUGGUGUUUCUACUGACAAUAUUACCUCUUCUUUAUGUUAAACUUUACUGGAAGCUGAAGUACAGCUAUUAUGUCUUUCGGUCAUGGUUUGGGGAACAAUGGCGUCGGCUGCGUGAUGCGGAAGAGGAGUGCAAAUAUGACGCCUUCAUCUCCUACAAUUCAGCAGACGAAGAGUGGGUGCUAAAGAAGCUGGUGCCGAACCUGGAGGGCAACAGCUCGCCUCUCCGACUCUGCCUCCAUCACCGCGACUUUGAGCCCGGCCGCUACAUCGUGGACAACAUUGUGUCGGCCGUGUACAAAAGCCGCAAGACCGUGUGCGUGGUGAGCCAGCACUUCUUGCGCAGCGAGUGGUGCUCCCUGGAGAUCCAGCUGGCCAGCCACCUCCUCUUCCACGAGCUCCGCGACGUGCUUGUGCUGGUCUUCCUGGAGCACAUCCCUGAGAGGCAGAUCUCAGCCUACCACCGCAUGCGGAAGGUCAUGCUGAAAAAGACCUACCUCCAGUGGCCCGGAUCCGACUGCGCUGACCCAGCCCAGGCCCAAGAGCUCUUCUGGGUCCAACUGAGGAGGGCUCUGAGGAGCAGUGGCAGUAGAGGCCUGGCCGAUGUGAAGGAACGUGCUGGGGAAGAGGACACGCUAGGUGAAGAGCUUCGAGUGAAUCAGCCGCAGACAGAUAACGGGAGGAAUUUUAUUCUUUUGUGAAGAGUUUCUGCCAUGAAUGUGUUCUCUAUUGUGACAUUACUAAUGAUGCAUAAAAGUAUCAUGAAAUAACCAUGACUAUAUGUACAUAACAAUAUGUGACAGAGAGUGGUUACAAGGUUAUUUUCAGAUCAAGCUUCUUUGUUUUUGCUUAUCUUUCUUUCUUUUAGUUAUCCACACUGUAAUGUUUGUUUAAAAUUGUGACUUUAAACAAGUUCAUCAUAAGAUGCCACUCCUUACUUUUCUCUUGCAAUAAUGGUAACUGAUCAAUUUGAUAAUGUGAUGCUUUGAGAAGAAUCCACAAAAUAUUUAGACAUUUUGAAAUAUUUUGAUUGAAUAUUUUGAGGUCAAUCAAUCAAA